UAAUGAAUCAUCUUUAAGACAUUAAUGCUGUUCUGAAUGCUGCUAAUAGUAGCACUCCUACUCCAGCAAAUACAGAUACAACUUGGGUUUUGAUAACAUCAUUCAGUGCUUUAUUGACAAUUUUGGGAUUUGCAUUCAUUAGUUCAGGGGCUGUUCGCUAUAAAUCUGUACAAUCAUCAGUCAUAACAGUGUUAUUAGGAUCAGUUAUAACUAUAUUGUUUUUCUGGCUUGUAAAUAAAAUAUAUUAAUAUUUGAUAGUUAGGAUAUGGUUUUGCAUUUGGAGAUGACAAAGGAAAUAAAUUCAUUGGUUUAAGUAAAUUCGCAGGAAUUGGAUACUAAGUUGAAUCCCCAAGAGAUGAUUAUACAAAUUUGAGUAAUAGAGAUUUGUUAUAAUACUUUAGUUUUCUCUACAGUUGGAGCAAUCAUUGUUGCAUCUCUAUUUGGAUUAGGAACAUUAGAAAGAUCUAGAUUCUUUUCAGUUAGUUUAUGUUUAGCAUUCAUUACAGCUAUAUUAUACCCAAUAGCACUACAUUGGGUCUAACCAACAGGAUGGUUGAGUACCUUUGGAUUUAUAGAUUUUGCAGGAGCAAGUUAUAUUCAUGUAUUUGGUGGUAUUACAGCAUUGGUUGUAUCAUUCUUUUUGAAAGAAAGAAGAGAUUAAGCUGGAAAUGUACAUCCUGGUAUUUUCCCACAUCAUUCUCCAAUUAAUAUUGGAUAUGGAUCAAUUAUAUUGACAAUUUCAAUUUUAAUAUUCAUUAAUGGGGCUAAUUAAAAAGGAAAAGAAAAUAAAUAUGAAUAAGGAUUGAUAGCAGUUAAUACUAUUGUAGCAGCUACAUUAUCAGCAAUUACUAGUUUCAUUUUAUAAUAUUUGAAAACUCAUAAGACAAGUUUAAUUGCACUAUCUAGAGGUAGUGUUGCUGGUAUUGUUGCUAUAUCAGCUAUGGCUAAUGAUGUUAGAAUUUGGGAAUCUGCUCUUACUGGUGUAUUGGCUGGUGUCGUUUAUAUUAUCCUCAUACUUGUUAUCAAAAGAUCUCAUGUUGAUGAUCCUGCUUACACUAUUGCUUCACAUUUGGUAUUCAUAAUUAAUUUAUUCUUUUAGGGUCCUGGUUUAUUAGGAACUAUAUUAGUUGGUUUUCUAAGUCUUACCAAUGGUUGGGUAACUGGUCAUGGUCCUAAAUAAUUAGGAUUAUAACUUGUAGGUAUCUUAGCAUUCAUUGGAUGGGGACUCUUAGUAGCCAUCUUUAUUAUCCCAUUAAAAGGAACUGGUGCAUUUAAAAUUAAUCCAUUCCAAGAAUCCUAAGGAAUUGAUAUCAGUUAUGGUAUCUAAAUAAUUUAAUCAUUUUCUAGCUGAAGGAGAAGCCAUACAAUUCCUCGAUGAAUAACCAGAACCUGCUUUGUUAAGCAGUUCUCCCAAGAAGGGAAUCUUCCAAUGAUU